AUGGCAGAGGCAAAAUGUGUGCCUGACAACUGGGAGGAUAUGUGCUGGGAGGAGAAGAUGGUGGUAUUGAUGCCAUUGGUCGAGCAAGGGAAGGCACUUAGGGUCUCUGUGUGGGUUGACACAGAGGAUGCUCCUGUGCUGGCUGAGGCUGAUGAUCUCCAUGAAUGGUGGGCCAUGGAGGAAGCUGACGCAUGUGUGAAGGCUGAGCAGGAUGUUCAGAUGGGGGAGGAGACUGUGGUGGAGCUCAGUGAUGACAGUGUGGUGAAGAUGUCCCACAUGGAAGUCCUGCAGCUGGCUUGCAAGGUGAUCACUGAAAGCAAUGAUGAUGAGAGGCCCAAGGUAUCCAUCCCCCCCAGGAUGAAGCAGGGCUGCAAGUAG